AUGGCUAGACAGUACGAUGCGGGCUGGGACGAGAUGAUCCGGCCCAUGAGCACAGUGCGUAUCACAAACACACCCGAAAAUAAACGAAAACGGCGGCUGGAUGACCGACGGGGUCCCUGGUCUUUCCCUGCUCCGCCCUCGCCCACCGCAGGUCUGCACCACAAAAGAGCCCGAACAGAAAAAGGUCUUGCUGUGGCGGUUCCGCUGGCAAGACGCCUGGAGCUGCUAGAGACCCAGGAGCUGGUCUCCCUUGUUUCCCAGCUGUGCGAGAUCCAUCCGGAGAUCGUGGCUACGGUCAACCGCCUUGCCCCGCCCAUCACUAUGGAGAGAGCACUCGCAUGUUUGGAGGGCUAUCUCAAGCGCGUCACAGACGCUUUACCUUACAAGGGCGACCAAGCCAAUGACUAUGCCUAUUUGCGGGUCCAGGAGCCUUUGAACAAGUUUUUCACCGCCCUGGCAGACUACACCGGGGCGUUUUUGCCACCCCAUGAGUUCCAGCCCGUCCAGGCGCUCGAAUUUUUGGACGGUGCUACGACUCUGGUUCACAGACUGCCCGUGUGGUCCUCUGAAGUCAACAACCACCUCCGCAACCGCGCGUACGAGGAACUGGGCGUCGCAUGGACGUCUAUGCUACGAGUCGUAGCAUCCAAUUCACCCUUAGGCCUCCCGGCUACUUGGGAAUCGCGCAUCCGUCGUCAUAAUGAAAGAUCAAACGGUCGCCUGAACCUCACCAUUGAAGUUUUGGACGAGCUGGCCCCUAACUGUGCGCCCACAAGUCAUGUGUCUACUGCAGUCGCUUGGGCUGGCUGA